AUGGCGACCCCCCAUCGCAACCGCGUAAAGCCCACGGCUUAUCCCAGCCUACCCUUCCACAGCAUCCGCACCUGCCAAUUGCUCUCCGCAACAGUAGUGUCGGGUAUACUUUUAUAUUUCCUGCGCGAAUUGGCGCGGGAUGAAUAUCAUUUGCCCUGGACGUUUAUCUUGCUCAUGACAGUUUCCAUCCUAACCAUGCUCUCCCUCCUCACAACCAUCCUCCUUCACUUCUACCACGGCCUCAACCCGAUCCUAAACGUCGUCCUCAACGCCGCGCUCACACUACUCUGGACGUUGGGUUUUUCGCUGCUGGCAUGGUGGUGCAGGGGUACGCUGGCGCAUGUGUGCAAUACCAGUAAUUGGGAGUCAGAUACGGGGGUUAGUGUGUGCAGGAUGUAUAAGGCGCUGUUUAGCUUUACUUUACUGGGGUUGGUGAUGACGUUGGCGGCGCUGGCGCUGGAUGUCAGGGUUAUGAAGGGAGUGAGGACGAGGGGCGUGUUUCAGCCGGUGGACUCGCGAGGGGGUGGAGGGAAGGGAGGUGAGGUUUUGGAGGGAGAGAGAGAGAUGGAACUUGGUGAGAAUCCUAUGGCCCCAGCGCGGACGCGUGAGAGGGGUGGGGAGGGGUAUGCGGUGCCCGACGAACAGUUUCGAUACGACGAUUUGGCGUAUCAGGGUGCUGCGGGACAGGUUGGACGGAGAAGCAUGGAAGGACGAGUAUGA